AUGACCGAUACGUCAUCACGCUUCGAAACCCUGGUGAAUCCGCCACAAGAGAUCUUCGAUCAACUUUUAAAGUGGGUAUGUUGACUCUGUAUUCGCUUUAUCCUUCGAGAUUAGUCAGGCGAGACCGAGGGCUGGAGCUUUCAAGCCACCGACUAUGACUUCUGGAGAGACGCCUACGAUGGCUACUGGUUCUUUGCUGUCAUUGAAAAAGGUUAUACUGUUAACCAGGGGAGUGUUUUUGGUGACCGGUUGAAGUUUUGAUGACACUUUCUUUAAAGUUACUCUUACUGUGAAAAACUCUAGUGGCCACUUAAGAGGUUCCUCAUGGACUACUUGGAGAGGACUUAUAUGUAAAAAUCGCCUCUAUAAAAGCCACUAGCUUUCUUCUUAGAGGCAACUAUAGUUUUUUAGUGGUCUAGUAGCACCGCUUAGACUCCUAAGAGACCGAUGGUAUGAAAAAAAUAUUAGCGAAAAUUGCGUUGGCGAAGAUAACAAAAGCCGCAAUAUCGCGUGCGGUGUAUGCCACCGUGUAUGCAUACUGGCCCGAUAUUGCGGCUUUCGUUAUUUUCGCCAACGCAAAUUUCGCUAAUCUUUUUUUCAUGCCAUCAAGAGACCACUAAAUUUUAGCCAAUAAUGCGACUGUUAUAGUGGCCAUUAUAACCUCAUAACCCUGUGGUCACUAAACAAUUUUUUCAAAAGAUCAUAUCGAUCAAAAAAAUUCGCAAUACUAAGGAUGCCAAAGUGAAAAAAACAGCCUUUUGAAUUGGAAAAUUUAGAAAAAAAAGUUUGCGAGUUUUUAUACUUUUUUGGUUCAAUUGAAUUUGUUCCCAAAAGUAAAAACUCGAACUUGUCAAAUUUUUUGAGAAACUGUCGAAAGAAGGAGUAAAAAUGAUAUCUCGCGUUUGACCUCGAGUUUCCCGCUGAACAGCGCACUACUUGCAUGCUGAGCAGGGUAACCCCGCCGUGCUAACACGGGGUCUCCGCAGGUGCCCCCGUAUUAAACCCGUAUAAGCCCAGCUGAUAGAACUUUUGGCACUUUUUAGCCCAACUGAGACCCCGCUUUAGCUCAUCUGGGUUACCUAUUUUUCUUACACCCGUUGUUCCCCCGUUUUAGCCCAACUGAGACUAAAAUAACCUCAGAAACACGGGUUUAAUACGGGUACACCCGUUGAGACACCUGCUCAGCAUGCGAGUAUAGUCUGUUCAGAUUUUUAUGUCAAGUGCAAGGACGUCAUUCAAAAACACUCUGUGGAUGGCACGCUUUCUGAUUGGUUUAUCGCACCAUUAGGGGCGGAGCUUGAUCGACGACUUGACAUUAAAAAUCUAAACACACUAUAUCAAUUUUUUCGUUAUUCAAUCUCUACCUUUUUUUAAAUUUUUUUCUUAUUUUACGUCAAUCAUCAAUCCAUGAAUUGAUAAUAAAGAUUUUUCAGAGUCAAACAGUUUCGUAGCCUCGGUGUCACUGGCCCUGUUAGCACCGGAAAAUGAGGAGCCGCUCUACUCGAUUGGGAUGUACUAUUGCCGCCCGGAGUUCCGAGGCAAUGGGCAAGCUUUGGAAAUUUUCCGGAAAGCCCUCGCCAUCGUCGGCGAUCACAAUCUCACACUUUGGGGAGGUUAGAAACCGUCGUCGACUUCAAACAUCUCAUCGAAUGAUUUCAGUGGUGGACCUUUCUCCGAAAUACGCGUCUAAGUUCGGAUUGGACAAGGUGAACGAUUGCUGGCACAUGUGCACAACGAUUAAAAUGAUCCAUGUGAACCUCGACGUUCCGAUCUCGGAUGAAUAUCAGACGAAAGUUAGUUUAAUGUUUCGAAUGGGAAAAAAGGUUCGAAAAACAUAAUCUCUACAUAGGUCGAAAAAGGCUCCAUAGAAGUUUUGAUUUGUUGGUGGUAUGAAAAAGAGACCAGCGAAAAUUCAAACGGCGAUUUUUCCCCAUUUUUUCAUAUCGCUAGGGUACUUUCCGACGGCCACAUUUCCCUCGCACUUUUUUUCCGACUUUUUUUCCAGUUUGUCACGUUUUUUUUUUGCAAAAAACCGUAUACCUAAUUUUAUCAAAGUUGACCAACUUCGUUUCAGCACCUUUGUUUUUUUUUGCAAAAAAAAAUUUUUUCAAGUAGUUUUUUUUUCUCCUGUUCUUUCUAUUUUGAUACAAUUUGGCAUACUGUCUUUUUUGGCGGGAAGAAAAACGAUACUUCCUAUAGCGAUUUCUCGUGAGGAUCAAAUUGUAAUUUUGAAUACUUCUUGUUUAAAUUAACAUCAAAAAGUUUUACAAUUUGUUUCUAUUUUUUUCGAAUUACAAUUUUCGGGGUUUAACUGCAAAAUUUGAAAAUUUUCUAAAAUGAAACUGAAAAAAAUUGGUCACCAGUCAAAUUACAUAAACAUUAUUAGGUUCUGAGGAAGAAGAAGCUUAUUCUUUUUUUUUUAGAAAAAAAAAGUUAUGUCAAUAGGGGUUGAACGAAGUUGACCGCCAGAAAGUGCACGAGUUCGACCGCACGGUUUGCCCAAAAACAAGAAACCGGCUCAUGGACAGGUGGUUCCAGUGUCCUCAAUCGUAUACGAAGGUGAGGGACAGAAAGUGAUUCUGAGUAUUUGAAAAUGAUCAGGUUGUGUUCGACAAGGCGAGCGGAAACAUUGUCGGCUACACCACGAUCAGGAUCAUGUUGAAAAGAAAGUUGAGCGUCGGUCCGAUGUACGCGAUGAACAAGGUAAUUUUCAGAGAUCUAGAAGGACCUUUUCUUUUGAAAUGUGUUUUGAAGAUCUGAGCGUUGCUUUUUCGGAAUAUUUUUUAUGAUGAAUGUACUGAACUGAAGCAUUCCGAGGAGACCUGCAAAAAUUUAGUGCUGUGCCCACUGAUGGCCAGUGAAGACGUUUUAAGAAAAGAUUUAUUAGUAACGAGAAACCAGACUUUUUGAAAUAAAAACUAGGGCCUAUAUAUAGAGUACUGCGGGAGUACAUCUCAAAAAAAUGUUUCAGAAUAAAAUGGGAACAUUCGGAAAUCUUGUCAGAACAAUAAUUCACUCAUUUUUAAGGUGAAAAAAAAAUAAAUAACAUAGGUAAAGUCGGAAAGGGAAAAAAAAAAACGUUCCUUCAAGUGUCAAAGGCUCUUUUUUAAGGUCGCUCUCACAAAUGAGGUCACCCUCACAAAGACAUCACCCGAUAGGGUAUACAAAAGAUAAUCACAGUUGAUUGUUGAACCUAGAGCUUAUUUUGAUUUCAAUUUGGAAUCCCUUCUAGAAAGAUAUAGAACAGAAAAGGAGUGUGAAAUUUUCUAGAAGGGAAACCUUGACAAAUGAGACUAGAAUGUGCAGAGCAAGCUUUAUGCUUCAAUGGUUGAAUUUGAAGGCGGCCGCCAGCCGGCUUUUCCACGACGUUCUGGUUGAGAUACCCGAGUGGCGAAUGCACGACGACAUUUGUUUCCUGCACGCCGCCAGCAACGCCGACGUCACCGAGUAACGACCUUUUCUGCUUUUUGAAAUACCCUGAAUCCGAAUAUUUCAGUCUUGUCUCGGAAUACUCCGGCGGACGGUUCGAGUCGAAAGAGUUCAUGCGCGGCCAGUACACUAAGCAAUUCAUUCCAAUUCCUCACCAGUAUGUUUACUCAAUCAGCGAUUGCGCUCACGCAAUCGUCUGA